UCCUCCCUCUCCGCCCACACCCUGCAUAAAGGGGAAGGAGUCGCUCGAGCAAAGGGAAAGGAGCCAUGGAAGGCCGGGGACCGGUGGCAGAGUUGCAGCGCUCCAUCAUCUGCCCUAUCUGCAGGGGUCCCUUCAAGGACCCGGUGCUGCUGGACUGUGACCACAGCUACUGCCGAGCCUGCAUCAUGGGCCAGUGGGAACGGGAGAGGGCGGGGGUGCUGUCCUGCCCCCAGUGCCAGCAGGUCUUUGAGCGCCGCAGCCUGCGCACCCACGUCAAACUGGCCGUGGAGGUCAAGAUCGCCCAGAACCUCAACGCCAAGACAGCCCAGGAGGCCCUGGUCCCCAAGCGCCGCUGGCGGCGCGGCGCCUGGAUCCCGGUGUCGGUCAUGCCAGAGGGGCAGGGUGUCGGGAAAAUCUGCAGAUAGUGAGUGCCCCUUUCUUCUCCUGCAUGGUCUAACGUGACGCCGGACCCUUCCCAAACCGUCCACUCUGACCUGAGCCUCUUGGACAAUAUCAGGACCGUCUACCUGGGCCUUGGAGAGCAGCCCUGGCUCCCGGACAACCACUGAGAGAUUCAACGUGCUUCCAGGCCAUGCCGGGCAGCUAGGGUGUCUCCUCCAGCCACAUGCAGCAGAGCUAGGCCCAUACAGUGGCUCCCUGCGGAUAGGCCUCAGUCCCGCGCCUGCAGGGGUCCCCCCUCCGGGGGACUGGGACAAGCUGAAUGUUGGUGGAUCAGCCCUGGGGACAGAUGCAGAAGAAAUGGGACCCACUGGCCCAUCUUACAGAGCACAGCUGAGAAGAACAGUCUGGGGCUAACAAUUGGAGCCAGCGCCCCAUACAGGGGAAAGGCCCCAUGUCCCAUUCCCCACCAACCCCCCAAGCCAGCUGGUCUCCCUGUCCUGGGCCAGAUCAGAUCCUGGGACAAAAUUAGAGGGGAAAGGUUCCAUGUCCCAUUCCCUGCCCCCCUGAGCCAGCCAGCCCUGGGCCAGAUCUGAGCCAGUGUCCCAUAGAGGGGAAAGGCCCUGUAUCCUAGUCCCCGAACCAGCCAGUCCCCCCUGCCGCAGCUUGGGGCCAGAUGAGGUCGGCCCAUAUCCCGGUCCCCUACCCCACUGAGUAUUUUCAUGCCGUCUGCUCUCUCGUCUCACCAGAGUUUUCCCUGCUGCUCUCUGCCGCAGCUGUGUUGUAUUCUUGUGUGGCUGCCCCUGAAGUUUGUUUUGCUAACUUUGUAUUUAGUCCAGUGGAGGCCUCUAUUGUGAUGAAUUAUCAUUAAUUAUUAUUAUUGAGCACAAGGGGAAAAAAUAAAGUGAUCUAGGAAACAUGAGCCAGCCA